UUGAUUUCAAGGUAAUCUACUCAUGUUCACAUACUGUACGUAUAUUCAUAUGUGGGUUCCUUCCGGUUUAAUCAUGUAGGAUUUAUUGCGGCCAGCACUAGCCAAAUGAACAACUAAAAUGAACAAGUCACUCAGAAAAAUGAAUCAUGACUCGAGUCAGUAAAAAGAGUCGUUCAAAAAGAACGAAUCGUUCGAGAACUGCACAUCACAACUGUGCAGUUAACGUGGCCUCAAUUUGAUGUUACUUUGUAACUAUAACAUUGCUAAGAUUCCUGCAAAAUUAUCUGCUUUUCAUAGACGAAGAAGUAUUCUUAGCGUGAUCAUUAAUAUAUAAACAUAAUUUCCCCCACAUAGGUAUUUCAUUUGGAACUAUAAGGACAUUUUGUAUAGAAACAGGUCUUGAAUUUUUAAGAACUGGUUCAAUAAUCAUAUCCUCCUGGUGAGUCAACAUUUUAAUGCAGAAGGAUUGUUACUCAAUUAUGAGGAAUUUUUAUCUCGUUACAAUAUCCCUGUAACACCUAGAGUUCGCCAUAGUCUUUGAUGCUAUUCCAUCUGGAACUCUCAUGUUAUUUAGAGGUGUAGCCAGACCUCACCUUCUUGACCUACCCUCACUUAAUCCAGUUAACUCUCCAAUAGGGAAAAUAUGUUUCUCCUUGCUCCCUCAGAACAACAGAUCUAUACGUGCUUUUUUCAAAGGGAUAUUGCAUCCAUUCCUUAUGUCACAAGUUACUGGAAUACAUUGGUCACUAAUAUAUGUUGGGGAAAAGUCUGGUUAUUACCACACAUGCUUGUUAACAAGGUCAAAGAGGUCUCUUUCAGAAUGAUCCAUAAGUAUUACCCUGUGAAUCAUUACCUGAAGAAAAUCAAAAAAGACAUUGAUUGUACUUUUUGUGUUGAGCAUCCAGAAACAGUUUCGCAUUUAUUUUGCCAUUGUCUACAUGUAAAACAAUUAUGGAAAGAUAUUCAGUUUUAUAAUUGUUAAUAUUCUUGAUUACUUUAAAAAAAAAAAUUUUUAUGGGAGAAUGUGCUGCUCUGUCUCCUUAACCAAAGAUAAAGAAAAAACAUUUUACAUCGUAAAUGUAAUUGUGCUAAUGUAAAAAUGUCAUAUUCAUAAAUGUAAAUUCACUGAUAAAAAAACACCCUUCCGUGUUUUCUAUAAGGAAUUCGAGCAGUACAUUAAGACCAUUCAACAUUAUUCUAAUAAGAAAGCUGUUAAAACAAUAAAUAUGUGUGUGUGUUUUUUUUGGUCUUUGUAUAAUCUGUAAUUUGUUGUACCCCCUAGCAUAUGUUAUCAUUGUCUAUGUGUGUACUUCUUGUAUGUAUACACACUAUUCUACGUUAGGAAAAAAAGAGUGCAGUUAAACUCGGUCUCGCGGUACUUUUUACCUCAGGUUGAACAAGGGGGUAGGUACGCUAGCUACCUAGUGGUUUUGUCUAUGACAAAAGUAUAUCAGAUGAACGUUAGCUACCUAUAAACACUUAUUUUAACAAUAAAUACAUACUUUUUAAAUAAUUGACAGUACUGUAAAGUUAGGUCGCUAGCUACUGGAAAUUAGCUAACGACAAACCAACAACGUUCACGAUGGCAGCUGGAAAGAUGUGUAGUAGGCCAAAAAAACAGGAGACAGCAGAGUGGACCAGUUUAUUUCAAAACGAACUGAAAACUGAAGAAAAGUCCCUGGUCUUUGUGAAGCGAAUGAUGGCCCUCGCCGUUUCUUCCAUCACAUAUCUCAGAGGAAUAUUCCCUGAGGACGCCUACAGAUCUCGAUAUCUAGAAGAUUUAUGCAUCAAAGUUUUACGAGAAGACUGCACAACACCUGGUGUCUGCAAAAUUGUAAAGUGGCUGAUGGGGUGCUUCGACGCAUUAGAGAGAGGAUAUCUUCAGGUUGUGUUCAUUGGGGUCUGCACCAAUCCAGAUAAUCCCAACUGCAUCAUCGAGUCAUACCAGUUCAAGUUCACAUACACAGACAAAGGACCACAGAUGGACAUUCUGAGAAACCAGAAUGUGGAGAUGCAGAUCACGAUGGAGGAUACCAAGAAGGCCUCUGUCCUCUUGAUCAGGAAGCUGUUUCUCCUCAUGCAGAACUUGGACGUGCUCCCCAAUGAUGUCUGCCUCACCAUGAAGCUCUACUACUUUGAUGACAUCACCCCUGCUGACUAUGAGCCUCCAGGUUUCAAGGAGGGGGUGAACGACAACCUGUGGUUCGAGGGCAUGGCGGUGCACUUCAGAGUGGGUGAGGUGCACACCCCUUUCCACGCCCUGAAGGUGAGGGUGGCGGCGGAGCAGGGCCGCGUGGAGAAGCUGCAAGAGGGGAACUACCUGAAGGAGAAUCAGGUCUCAACGGCUACGCAUAGGACUCUGCCAGGGCUGGCGCCAACUGGUGCACAGGAUCCUGACAAUGAGAGAUACAAAGAUGACUUUCCCUCUGAAGAUGAGUCUGCACAGUUCAAGAAACCCAAGAAACCUGUGGCAAAGAGUAAAGGUGCUGCCAAUAAACUGGCAAAGAAAAAAGGAAGAAAAGAGCAAUAAAAAUGUUUUGAUGAAGACAGCAAUGAAGACCCUGCUUUUUCAGCUUCCUGUCAGACACAGUAAACAUGAAUGUGGAUCGAGGAUGUAACUUCCUCAUUAGAUUACAAGGAUUUUACUCACCAAGCAUGUUUACAUGAAUGUUUCAUUUCUAUGCCUGUUUGAACAUUUUUAAAACCCGAGUAGUAAAGCCAGCCUUAAGGUAUUUAUUUUGCAGUUCAUUGCCUGUACAACACAUAAUAUAUAGCUACAAUAUCUUAGACAUUUCUAAUAUAUUUUCCCAUUCAUAGGAAAAUCAAUUCCAUUUGUUUUAUUGUAGCUGUAUAUUUUUUAUACUUUGUUCUUUAACUUUUAUUUUUUAUGAAAUUAAUUAAAAACUUAUGACAUGCUGGUUCCAUAUGUGAUGCCUGAAAUAUACAAUAUUGUAAGUAUGAUAUUUAUGGAAUUAAAGCUUUACUUCAAAAGCC